UCUUUCUCUUUCUCUCUCUCUUGGACUCUUCUAGUUCCACUUCUUCCCCCUUCCUCGUCGCGGCGGCGCGCAUGGAGCGGCUGAUCUCGAGGUCCGGGGCGGCCGCCGCCUCCUCCUCCUCCCCGGUGCGGCCCAGGAUCCCUCUGCCGGGCGGCGGCGGAUCCCCCACCCGCCGCCUCGCCGUCGCGGGUGGCGGCGGCGUCGAGCCGUGGGCGGGGAGGCUACGGGCGCCGCCGCCGCCGCCGCGGCUUCUCCGGCCGAUCGCGGCCGUCGCGCCGUUGCGGCACGGUGGUGACUCGCCCGCGCCGCAGACUCGGCACCCGGAUGCGACGGGGGAGGUCGCCGUGGUUGCGGAUGCGGUUGGGCCUCCGUGGAAGCUGCUAUGGAGUCUGCUCCCCAAGGCUUCCACAGCUGCUCUUUUCCUAUUGAUGGCACUUAUUAUUGGCACCCUGCACUCUAGCAUCCCUCAUCCUGCCCAUGCGUCAGUGCAAUCAGUAACCAAAACUGGUGGAUUGUUUACAUCAGAGAUACUAAGCAGUGGUUGGGCUGGUUUCAUUGCUGGAUGCUUACAUACCCUAUCUGGGCCUGAUCAUCUCGUUGCUUUGGCACCGCUGUCAAUUGGAAGAUCAAGACUGGAAAGCGGACUGGUCGGUGCUCUUUGGGGCUGUGGUCACGAUGCAGGACAAGUUAUUUUUGGCUUGCUUUUCUUAUUACUCAAGGAUCGUUUGCACAUCGAGAUUCUUCGGACAUGGGGAACAAGAGUGGUAGGUCUGACCCUUCUUAUCAUAGGAGGUAUGGGCAUCCGGGAGGCUACAGAGGUUCAUGAAUCAUCGUUAGCCCUGGAAGGUGUAGACUGCAACGUGAGCAGCAGUGAGCCUUUGGCAACCCCUGUCGCUCCCAGGAAGAAGAAAGUCGGCUUCGCAACAUUUGCCACUGGAGUUGUUCAUGGUCUUCAACCAGAUGCUCUAUUGAUGGUGUUGCCUGCAUUGGCCCUUCCUUCCCGCUUAGCUGGUGCAGCAUUUCUUGGUAUGUUCUUGAUGGGGACUGUAUUCUCGAUGGGGAGUUACACUGCUUUUGUAGGUUCUUGUAGUGAGGCUUUAAAAGAGAAGGUCCCUAGGAUAACAGAGAAACUGACCUGGGCUGCUUCACUUGUAGCAAUAUGCAUGGGAAUAGCUCUUCUAGUUGGGCAGGUCUUCGGUUUCAGUCUAUACUGAUGUAUUCGCAAUGCGGCAUUGUCUCCUUAAUAUUGUUUUUGGCAAUUAGAUUGGUAACAGAUGGACUUCUAUUUGUAUGAAUGAUUGCAAAUUGUAUACUGGAACAUCUAGACAUAGAGUUUACACCGGUUUUCUCCAGUAAAAGAAAUUUGGUGUGCUUGCUUACAUGGGGGUCUUUAAUCCAAUAUGAUUAAAACCAGAAGUAGGUAGCUCAAAGGUGUGCCACACCUAAAUAGCAGGUGUGCAAAUGCAAAUUGAAGGCAAAGUCGCUAGAGCCAGAUUGUAUCACAGCUAAAUUGAAGGCCCCUUAAACAUGUACUUCUCCAAUUCAUUCAGUAAAAGAUUCACAACACUGACAUUU